GGCCAAAGCGAUGGAGCAGUCAUCAACUGUAGCGAAUGCGAUGUAGAAUUCCAUGCGUCCUGUGCAUGGCAAUCCGGUUUGACGUUGGGGUUUGAAUUCAACCUUGCGAAACCGGGAAAGUCGCACAACGAGAUUGUUGUCAAAUUUAAAGACAGCGAAGGUGUUAUGAGCGCAGGAGUGUGGUGCAAAUCGCAUGACCUCAGCGGACGCGUUAUUCAUGAGAUCUUUGAUGUCGAGCCAGAUGGUGGUGAAACUGCGUUCCAAGUGUACAUCGGCGCCUACAAAUCUCCGACUUGGAACUCUGCGUUCCCGCUGUUGCGCAAGGCUAAGCGAUUGGAGCUCAUCACGCCAUCAUCGUUGAAGUUAGAAGAAACAGAAACAAACGUAGAAAAGUGCGAUCUUUGCGGAGUAUCUGAUAGCCCAAUGUGGCAUAAAGACAACGACGGAACCGUACAAUCCGAUGCGGCAUCCGCUAAAGAACUUCCAAGAGAUAUGGGAAUAGUCCCCAAGACUGCGAAGGAUGGACAAGGACGAGAACAACAAUUGCGACUGCUCUGCCAUUUAUGUUGGUUUAAGAACCAAAAUUAGCCCCAAGUACAUCGUAUUUCUUAUUGAUUGAUGAAUAGGCGGUAGUAAUGCACAAGCACUAACAGAUAGCAGAUUCAGGGAUAGACAAUUUGUUACAAAAAAGAUGCAUCAUACGAGACCACUGAAGUUACAUCGACAAUUCCUCAGUCUCAUCGAUAAGUUCUUCGACCCACUCCUCAACCCGUGCCUCCUGCCCUUUAACAUCGAUCUUUGCCUUUGACUUGCCUCUGUUCUCGCGUUCAAAAGCCAGCCUGUCGUUGUUCCUAGUCCUCCAAGCAUUCCACUCGCCGAUCUCUCUGCGACGCUGGGCGAGCUUCUCGGCACUCCCUCGGUUCUCCUCCGCAGCAUCUUCUUCAUCAAACUGUCGCGAAUAUUCUCGAAGUUCCUUUCUGACCUUCUUAAUCUGAUCCUUACUAAGCAGCGUAGGAGGACGAGGCCGCCAAAGGAACUGCUUGAAACGAUCCCGUGAUUCGUGCAGAAGUUGUUGACCUUUGAAAUCCCAAAUAGAAAAGCCAGGCUCAGGCUGUAAAGUAUAUUAGAUUAAUAAUCCUGACAGCAACAAUUAUCACUCACGGACUGUCGCCAUGUAGAUGCAGAAGUCGCAAUGUACCGUCCACUAGGAUCCCAAGCAAUCUCUGUGAUGCCGUAAUGUUCCC